CUGUAAUAAUAGGAAGACCGACCGUAUUGCAUUAAGGGUAGCAAUUUAACCCAAUUAACAAAAUUGUUUCUAUUUUACAUAGAAGUGUGGAAGUGCAUUCUUGUUUAGUAAUGUCUUACUUUCUGAAUAAAUUUUAAUGUGCACAGUUUUCAGGAUUUGGGAUAUCCUUAAGAAAAUGUAAACAAUUCGAAAGCGCUUGCUUGCUGUUAAGAAAUAGCUGUUACUAAAUAAAAACAUUUCUUAUGAAGAAAUUUAGAAGAUUUCCUGACUUUAUAAAGCUUAAUGGAACUUUAUAAUUAUUUUACUAGUGCAAAUGGAGAAACAUCUGUUGAACUUUUAAAGAAAGAAUUCAAAGAUUUCCCAUUUACUUUGGAUUUUGUUUGGAUUCUUGGGAAAAAAUAUAAUGCACUGCAUGAUAUUGAAGAAUUACGAGCUGUUAUAAGUAGCAAAAUAUGGUUUUCCUACAGAAGUGGUUUUCCUCCAAUUGGUGGGACUGGCCCUAAAACUGAUAAAUAUUGGGGAUGCAUGCUGCGUUGUGGUCAAAUGAUCAUGGCUGAAGCCUUGGUUUGCUGUCAUCUAGGGAGAGGUUGGAUGUGGCAGCCUGGUGUUGUGGACCCUGUGUAUGCAGAAAUAUUAAAAAUGUUUCAAGAUAAAAAAGAUUGCCCUUAUUCUAUUCAUCAGAUUGCACAGAUGGGGGUUUCAGAAGGAAAAGCAGUGGGCCAAUGGUUUGGACCUAACACAGUUGCUCAAGUUUUGAGGAAAUUGUCUGUAUAUGAUGAAUGGAGUUCAAUGGCUGUUCAUGUUGCUUUUGACAAUACUGUGAUAAAGGCAGAUAUCAAAACAUUAUGCAGACAUAUACCUGAACCUCUAACUUCAAGUCCAUUUCCUAAAUCAUAUCAGAGUAUCUGGUAUACAGAUUGCAUAGAAAAAAGGUGCCCACGGUGGCAAAGUGUAAAUUCUGCUACAAGAGAGACAUCUUGGAGACCAAUGCUUCUUUUCAUUCCACUGAGAUUAGGUUUAUCAAAAUUCAAUGCAGUAUAUAUUAAAAACUUGAAAAAUACAUUUAUGUUUAAACAAAGCAUAGGAAUCAUUGGAGGAAAGCCCAGGCAUGCUGUAUGGUUUAUUGGAUAUUCAGGUGAUGAACUGAUAUGCUUGGAUCCACAUGUUGUCCAACCUACAGUUAAUUUAGAUGGAAGUGAAUUUGAUGAUUCUUCUUUUCAUAUUCCAUAUGGGGAAAGCAAACGGAUGCCAAUAGCAACUAUUGACCCUUCUCUAUCUCUAUGUUUCUUUUUUGAAUCUGAAGAAGAUUUUGAAGACUGGUGUUUACAGGUUCAAAAUCUGUUGAUGACUGAAAUGCCACUUUUUGAAGUUCUUGAAGAUCGUCCAGAGCAUUGGCCACCAUUAGAAUUAAGACCUGAUUUAAAUUGCAGCAACUGCAGCUUAGAAUAUUAUUUUGUUGAACCAGAAUGUAACAGUGAUAUUUCUGAAGAUGAUUUUGAAAAUGUUGAAGCUUCUUCUUGCAGUGCCAUAAGAACAAAUUUUAGUCAUUAAUCUUUCACAGCUCUGAUGUAUAAAGAUGUGUUGUUUUUAAGCUCAAAAUUUUCUCUAUUACAUUGUACAUAAUUAUGACAUAAUUUUUAUUUAUGAAAUAAUAUUUGUAAUUUUAUAUUAAUUUUUGUGAAGUGUUUAUUCCAAUACUUGCAUAAUAAUUUAAAAUCCAUUUGUGUGCAAAGCUAUAUAUUUUAUAAUAAUGCAUGGCUGUUAUGUUACUUUAUAAAAUUCUAUUUAUUUUUUUUAAUCAGACAAUAAAGUUUUUCAGUUCAAA